CCUCAGCCUCAGCCUGUGCUUCUCCGAGCCUGCACUCCUCUUCACACAUUCAUAAAUUCUCCCCUCUUCCAUCCCUCCGCCCUCCUUCUGCUCCUUUAUGCUCCCUCAUCCCCUCUCCCCCUGCAUCGCCGUUCAUACUCCCUGACAUCAUCCUCUCCUGCAGCGUCUUUCGCGCUCUCUGGCAUUCUCUCCUCCUGCGUCGACUCUGCUUCUCUGUCGGUGCGACCCUUCUCGAAAUGAUGGAAAAUGAUGGAAGAUCACCCUGGGAAUGUUGGCCAUGCUAAUAUGGCGCCUAGCAGUACCAUCAAGGAAGAGCCGGAUAGUCGCCCUCUCCCCGUGACAGGUACUCGCUACGAGGACUUCGAGUCAGAUGGUGGUUACCCGACAUCUCGACCAGGCGGUUGUUUUAUGAACAGGCCCACAGACCUCAAUGUUCAUGAAAAGUUCGAUGUCGGCAACAACCUUCGAAAACGGGUCAAGACAGAGCACCCUGAGCUCUACCACAAAGUCCGACCGGAGGAGAUCAAUAUCUCGGCGAAUCAAAGGGCAGACUUCUUCUGCACACUCUAUAAAGACUGGACCAGCGCUGCAGACCUUGAAGAGAUGCCCUCCUCUCCCCGCCCCAAAACCAAGGAUGACACUCGUAUCCAUGUCGGCAAAUGGAAUCAAUAUUUGCCACCGUCAGACAACAAGAGGAGGAGAGAUGAGGGUGACGACAACAAGUCUCCCACGCCGUCCCCCAAAAAACCCAAGAAGAGGGAGGAGGGUCGAUUGCGAGACAAACCAGCAUACCUCGCGGUUGGCUCCUCCGCUGGUAAAGGAGUAGACAAGGUCACCUCCGAUUUCAAAGAUGGAAGUGGCCAGAUGGCGACCAGUCAGUACAUCGACUGGAAGUCAAAGGACAACAUCAACCAACUCAAGCGCCGCUGCCUCACGAAAUAGGAGCGUAACGAGCGAACCCGGAUUCGACAAUUCAAUCAAGGACGCACCCUCAUCUCCUCUCGCAACUACAUCAUUGAGGCUGCGGCUGCUGGGUUUGUCGAAGGGUCCCGUCCGUCUGUCAGCCUUCCGGGAGUCAUCGAGCUUGUCGAACACGAGAGAAUGCGAAGAUCGUCGAGGCGUUAGCGGCCGAAUUCUGCUAUAUAUAAGCGACUGAUGAAAGACUUCUUCGGUCUUUCGACCUCAGGGCUCGUCUAAAUCAAGUAUACUUAUGAUGAGGAUGGCCUAAAAAAUUCCUAAACUUAGAAAGUUUCAUCCUAAAGUUUUUGAAUAUUGCACCCAGUAGUUACCAGGGGUUAUCAGCUUAUAAAAUAUUCUCAGAAGCUUUACCAUUCUUCAACUCCUCAUCUCCCUCCAUCCCCAUCAUCAGAGCUUCCAACAACGACAAGAACAGCGAUGCCUGAGUAUUCACAAGAAUACCUCGAUUUCUUCGGCCUUAAGUGGAUAACUUGGUGGUCGAGUGCCAGCGUAGGGUCCUGACCCGGUACUCACUAUGCGUACGAUGUAUUUGGUAUGAUGCGGACAUUUAUCUCGAUGGAGCUUUGAAGGAGACGAGUCUAUUCUAUGGUCAAUCGAUUUUAUGCGGAAGUACGCAUCCUAUAUCUUGUUAUUACUUAUUAUUCGCACUUGAUCCGUUUAUUCUGUAGCUUUUAUUCCGAUAAGAUAAUAAAUACAAGGGAUCCCGCCAU